GGUCGCCCAGCGGCAGGCAGACAAACAAGGAAGUGACGCCAUCACGUUGCGGUCUUGAAGCGAACGUCGGGCGUUACGUUACCAUGCGUUACAGCGAAAGGCAGGCGGAUACAUCCUGAGGCGGAACCAUAUACUGUCUAUGGGCGGAACCCUGAGCAGACAGUUGUCUGUUUCUGUAGGAACAUUUGAAGUAGUUUGACAGCCAGCUCAGUUGUUUUACUUGUGGUCUAUGGUCGUGACAGGUGAAAAGGCCAGUAGAUAUAGCUAGACUUACCCGUUAAGACCCUUUUUAAGCUACAGGGUUCAGCUGAGAGGCGGACAUGGUCUCCACGAUCCAGAACACCGACGUGAAGCAGUAUGAUGAAGAGGUUCUGUGUUUCCUCUGCAGAAAGAUGCUGAUCGUGCACUCGUUGUCGCGGUAACGUCUCGUGCAGUGUUUGAAUCUGGAGCUGAUGGUGAUGAUGUGUAUGGAAUGGGCGUGGCUUUCCCGCUGCUGCAGGCGCUGCAGAGAGUGAACAAACGUCUACUGGAGGAAAAUCCUGCUGAGUCGCUGCUGUUUGAUGUUGUCGUGAUCACCACCGACAGCCAGCAACAGCAGCAGAGCUCCCGCAUCAUCAGCAGCACCAGACAUUACGGUAAUCUAACUUUAACCAGCAGCAGCAGCAGCAGCACCAGACAUUACGGUAAUCUAACUUUAACCAUCAGCAGCAGCAGCACCAGACAUUACGGUAAUCUAACUUUAACCCUCAGCAGCAUCAUACAUUACAGUAAUCUAACUUUAACCAUCAGCAGCAGUACCAGACAUUACGGUAAUCUAACUUUAACCCUCAGCAGCAGCAGCACCAGACAUUACGGUAAUCUAACUUUAACCAUCAGCAGCAGCAGCACCAGACAUUACGGUAAUCUAACUUUAACCAUCAGCAGCAGCACCAGACAUUACGGUAAUCUAACUUUAACCAUCAGCAGCAUCAUACAUUACAGUAAUCUAACUUUAACCAUCAGCAGCAGCACCAGACAUUACGGUAAUCUAACUUUAACCAUCAGCAGCACCAGACAUUACGGUAAUCUAACUUUAACCAUCAGCAGCACCAGACAUUACGGUCUUGAAGUCAGCAGGUUCUGUUUUUCCAGUGAGGAGGAUUUCGUCGAAAGCUUACAGAAAAAUAACGUGCAACUCUUCCUGUCGACGGACAGUAAUGAGGCGCCGCAGGCAUCACAGAAAGGUGUUCUCUCGGCCCUGCUGGACCGGCAGGAAGCUCCAUCGGAGCAGCUCAGAGUAAUGUUCUGCGGGGACGACGUCAACCGGCCAGACGCUGGCCCAAUGCCGGCGAGCCGACAGGCCGCUCAGAAUUUCUCUGCUCAGCUCGGCGAGAUGCGACAGAGGUUCAGCAUGUCGGACAGCCCUCUCCGCAUCGUCCUCGUGACGUCACACGGCGGCAGGGAAAGCUGCGGCGCCCUGCGGACGCUGCGAUCGCACGGCGUCAACGUGGACGAGGCGUACUGCCUGGCCGGGGCCCCGCGGAGCCCCAUCCUGUCCGUGGUCCGACCUCACUUCCUGCUCAGCGACGGCUUCAGCGGCCUGGAGGACUGAUGACAUCAUGAGGGGAAUGGACUGUUGCAUGACCUCACAAAAAAAACCGUUGAAACAAGCUGCCAAAAUCCUCAGACAGAACGCAAAGUUGAACACCUGUUUGAACGAAUUGUUUCAGCUCGUUUAGCCUUAAAAACCCAAUCAGUGUUCCUGAUGUAAAGCUAAGCCCCGCCCACCACCAAAAUACAAACUACAGGAUUGGAUACUGUCUGACUUUAUAUCUUUUGUAGACUAACAUGUUUAGUUUAGUUUUUUUAGCUCUCUAAUUGGAUGAUAAAAAUAAACCUGAACGAAUCAGCAUGUGUGUAACUGUGA